CAAGCGGCUGGGAAAGGGGGUGGAUAGGGCGGAUGGCCCAGCUGGCGCCUCGUUUCUGCUGGGUGCAGGAAAUUCAGAAGGAUGAGGUGGUUGCGCAAUUAAGGAGCGCCUGAUCUCGAAGGGGGGAAUCCUUUACAGCUGCUUUCAGGGGCUGCUCAUGAUAAGAAGGUGAAAAGGAAAGUAAACGCCGUCCUCAAGCCUGGUCGAGGUUUGCUCCUCUGAGAUGCUGCUCGGCCCGGACAUCUAUAGGUGCAGCUUCUUCGAGUGGUGUGUCAUCUGAAUACUGAGCCCUGCCGAGGGGCCCCUUCGAAUCAUGGUUCUGGUCGUGAACCUUGCCAGCCCUGCUUGUGGGCCAGGAGUGCUGCAUGCUUCUUUGGCAGAGAGGAAGCACCCCAAGGUUGCGACAUUUAAGCAUCCACAGUUUUCCUGCAUCUGGAACCGGGCGAACACUUUUUGUGAAGGACCUCGGGUUGUCAGCUACCCAUGCAGGCCUGCUUUGAGCUCUGCACCUAGUCUCAGACCCGCUGCAUCUCCUGCUCUGAGCUCUGCAUCUGCUUAUGGAUCCUCUCAGUUCCUCAAAUCUGAGCCACUCGUCGCUAACCCUAAGCGCCGGCGGCGGCCGUCUCACGCCCGUGCCAUUUCUGAGGCGGUCUCAGAGAAUGGGCUGAGCAGCGGGGCAAUCAAGCCGGUGGAGACUGUUCUCGAGGGGCAGAAGAUUUUUGCAGAGACUGAGGAGAGGCUGCGGCGGUUAGAGGUGCUAGUGUUGCUGAGGCGGCUGUACCGUGAUAUCAUUAUUUCAGAGAGGAUUCUUGAAAGUCCAAUCCCAAAAGUUGCAAAGGUUGAGGAUGAGGCGCAGCAGGGGGGGUCAAGGGAGAAGGGCAAGGACUGGAAGUCAAAGUGGCGGCCUGGCAGUAAUAAGGGGGAGGACUGGUCCCUGAGUCCCCUUGAGAUCCUGGACUAUGGAGAGGACAUUCGUGAGCUGGGGAUAGCGCUGCAGAGGGAUCUCCGUGGUGUGAAUGGGCUCCUCCCUGUUGUUUUCCCGGACAACACAACUGCGGAGGGCAUCAUCUGCGACACGGUGUCAAAAGUGGUCAGCAGGCUGGAGAAGCAGGCCGAGAAGGUCAAGGAUAGCCUGACUCCAGAGGAAAAGUUGCGGGCUCGAGAGGAAGAGGCUGCCUGGCAAAAGAAAGACGAGGAAGAGCAGUCCAAGAAGGGGCUCGGCCGGAGCCUUCCAGACACGAGCGCGGUGCUCAACCGGUUCCUGGACCGGCUCAGCACCGUGGACCUGAACCUGGUGGUCAAGACCAAGGACGGCCGGCUGCGCUUCUCCCAAGCCGACCUUGCCAAGAUCCCCAGCGUAUCCAUCAGUUUCGUUGGCCAAUUGGGCAACGUCUGGCAACGCCUCAAUGGGCGGCCGACGACGCGGCCGGUCGGAGAGGACAAUCUGGCAGAGGGGCUUCCACGGCCAAUACCGUCAUCGCGCGAUGAGAUCGAGCACCGGAAACGGGACCUCAUCUUAGAGGUAGAAAAGCUGGACAAGCGGUUGCGGGAGGCGAGCAGGGAGCGUGAAUCACGGUUGCGACAGAAGAACGUGCUGGCGCGGGCGAGGCUGGCAAACGAGAUCAGGGCGCUAGACGACGAGGUAAACGAGCUGCGCAAGAAGCUGGCGGUGCGGACGCUACAAUUGGAGAUGGAACUAAUCUAUGCGUGCUUAGAGGAGGAGGUCAUUCAGAUCACCGAGGACAUCAGAACGGACGAAGACGAGAGCCUGCUUGUCGCCGAGUUCGGACUUUUGGACGGCGAGCUUGCGCGGCUGCGCGCUGCGGUGGACCGGAACGAGGCAGAUCUGAUCCAAGAUGAGGAGCUGUCGGUGUUGGCAGAGGAUGUUCCGGAGUUGAAGAAUCGGUUGGGCAUUGUGGAGGAAGCGAAGAUACCGCUCAAGCAGCGGAUUGGCAUCGCGUACAAGGAGAACACUUUGAAGUUGAAGGAGGGGGCGUCCUUCUACUGGCGGGGGCUGCGGCUGUUGGCGGGCGACCUGUCAUAUGCGGGCAAGCUCUUCUGGGUCGCCGUCACAGGGACCACCCUCAAGUCAAGAGAGGUGCAAACGCUGCGGCGUACGACCAAGGACAUCUUGGUGCUCAUUCCGUUCACCAUCAUCCUCAUCAUCCCCAUCACCCCCGUGGGCCACGUGCUCGUCUUCUCCUUCAUCCAGCGCUACUUCCCAGACUUCUUCCCGUCGUCCUUCACCACCAAGCGGCAAGACCUGAUGAUUAAGUACGAGGCGAUCCGCGAACAGAUGAAAGAAGCCCAAACGGAGCGAGAGAAAGAGACCAUGGUUGCGCUCGCCGCCGAAGCGGAGAAGGCGACUUUUAUGAGCGGCGAAGAGAAGCCCAAAGAGGACCCGCCCCCGGGUCGAACCCCCGGGCGGGGUCUGUUGUUGGGGCGGAGAAAAGAGCUGCCCGAGAUCACGAAACGGAUAGCCCGGGUACGGGAUAGUAACAUUGCUGGCGCUAACUCGGUUGUGGAAGAGGGGCUGAGGAGCUUAGGGCUGGGGUCACGGGGGUUGCAAGCGGGAGCACUGGUUGGGGAUACGGAGAAGAAGGACUGAUCGGAGACGUUGAACCGAUUGCAAUAUGUUUGCUUUGUGCAACUUACUAUUUGUAGUAUAUGAGUGUAUUGUAGAUCGGAUGCCAAACCUUAACUUAGUACACAUUUCUGAUCGAAGGCUUUUGCUUUGUUCCACGGCAAUUCAUGCCAGAGCUCAUCAUGAGCUCUCGGCCUCCUUCUUACGACAGAACACUGAGUGGAC